UCGUGUUGGCCUUCUUCUAGUUAUUAAUCUCCCUAAUGGCAUUAAUUCCCCGUUUUUCAUUUAUUUUAAUCGUCCUUUUCUCUCUCCAACUAGCCUUCCUUUUUCAAACCUCCCAAUCCCAGAAGAAUUCCGAUCUAAACUCCCGUGCUUACCCUAAUUUUGGCACAAAUCAAUUUUCUAGAAAUGUCGUGCUUGAAGUUUCAGAACAAGUUAUAUCCGCCGAUUGCACCAAGAGACCUUCGGUGGUUAUCAACGGAACCUUUCCCGGCCCAGAAUUACGUUUCAAGCCGGGUGAAAAGGUCAAAAUUAGGGUCUUCAACCUCUUGAAAGACCACACUGUGACUAUCCACAUGCACGGAUUGAGUCAACAUUUUAGCCCCUUUUCAGACGGGGUCGCUCAAGUAUCUCAAUUUGCUAUUCCGGCUGGAGGCUAUUUUGACUAUAUCUUCUUGCUAGAGCCAAACUCUGCCGGUACAUUCAUUUAUCAUGCUCAUGUUGGCUUUCACUUGAUGACUUGUCAUGGUGCUCUCAUCGUCGAGGACGCGCACAAGCCACCAUUCAAAUAUGACGAAGAGCGCGUAUUGCUAUUCGCCGAUUAUUAUCACAACCUCGAGCAGCAGAUCGUGAAAGACAUAAACUCAGUGCCGUUCAAGUGGCUCGGCGAACCACAAAGCAUGGUAGUUAAUGGUAAUGCGUUGGGAAGCUGCAAUUCCACCAGCCCCUUUGGCUGCAGCACCGACUGUCACCAUCAUCGUCUUGUCGUCAAACCGGGCAAGACAUACAGAGUCAGGGUGAUAGGUAUCACAGUCCUUACUUAUUUAUACUUCGGCAUUGAAGAUCAUCAACAACUCUCAGUCAUAGAAGUGGAUUCUGGAUAUGUUCGUCCUGCGUCAACCAAACACAUUCAACUCCAUUCAGGCCAACGUUAUUCAUUCUUGCUGAAGACCAAAACGCGCAAAGAGCUGAAGAAGCUUGGAUCUAAAAGAGAUUUCUGGGGGCGACUGGAGACCAGAUGGAGGCCGCUCCGUGAUCAAGGAGCCUUUGUACUUCAUUAUGAGGAUGAUCCAACACCAGCGUCGACUGGCAAAUCGGCUACCACAAAGCCCCACGAUCUUUCUCGAUCACCAUUACCCGACCUCAAGAAGUUCCAGAAAAUAGUCCCUUUGCCUAACGAGGGAAAUAAGUGGUUGACGGAGACAUUUGAGCCUCUGGAUCCCAAGGAAGUCGCUCCCACGGCCGCCGAAGUAACGCGCAGAGUAUUCAUCCAAGGCCAACAGCUCAAGGCGGCUGAUGGCCGUGUCAAUUGGUUUGUCAAUGGACAAAGAUACAUCGAGACGCAGCCAAAAGUGCCAUUCUUGGUGUCAGCCUAUACUCACAAGUUAAAACCGGACUAUGAGGCUGCUGCAAAAAACAAUGGCUUCGAUGCAAAACUGGGAGCUUACCCAAUCAAACUCAACGACGUGGUGGAAUUUGUGAUAGUCAAUCAAGCGUCCACCGCGGGUGUGACCGAGGCCCAUCCUUGGCAUCUUCAUGGCCAAGCUUUCUUCGUGGUCGCACACGGAACUGGACCAUUUACGGAAGCUAAGCUAGCUGCAGUGGAAGCGCGCUCGAAGAAGAGGCAUAUCCGUCGAGACACAGAAAUUAUAUUCUCGACAAAGUUGGGUGCCUCGUACACCAAUACCACCGUCCCAACCGGCACAGUGACGGGAUGGAUGGUACUCAGAAUGAAAGCCGAAACUGCUGGAGCUUUCUUAAUGCAUUGUCACACUCAGCCACACGCUGCGAUGGGCAUGGGUGCAGUCAUCCUGAUCGGAAUGGAACACCUUCCGCCAUUACCACCUGCAUAUCUCAACAAAUUUACAUUGCCUACUAGUUAA